UUUCCAGUAGUAGUAUUUGCACACUAAAAUGGUUUCAAGAUUGAAAGUCUAAUAUUUUCUCCUCAAACCUACUUUGAGAAUUCAACUUGACUAGUUGACUUCAAUUCACUUGCUAAUUCCUCACCCAAAUUUACCGCAGCUCUUUACUUGAUGAAGCUAUAAUCACUAUAAUCACUAUUUCUUGAGUUCAUAAAAUCUGGCAUCUCACUCCAAUAUCUUGUUGUCUUCAACUUCUUAGCAAAUAUAUCUGUAUUGUUGGAUUUUGUAUCUGGACGAGAAGAAUUUGGAAUUAGAAUUUUAGGGGAUCAUUUGAUUUUCACUUGGGUGGAAGUUAGUGAUUGUUUGGAUUUGAAAUGGAUGUGCAUUUGAAGAAUUUGGUAGGUAGAUUUCAUGAGCAAUUUGGAUCUGGACCUGGACUUGGUCCUGCAUCUGGAACUUGUCUGGUGAAAGUGGAGGGUGUAACUCCUCCUUUUAUCAAGUCACUCUAUAGAGCUGCUGCAGCUCUGUAUAGGACUGAUCCAUGGAAGAGAUUGCGUCCCGGGCAUUUGUUUGGCGUCAGGGUUGGCAAAGAUUCUGAGUGGUCUAGUAGAAAGCAGCAGUUUCCCUGUGUCCAAUUCAUUGGUGGGGAUGGAGGAGAUCUAGCAUUUUAUUUGUUUCGAUCUGUCAAUGAUGCUCAAAAGGCAACAAAACAAAGAGAGACAGUUCCUGUCCCGAAUACUGAGAUUAUGAGGGUGACCUUUGAGCAAGAGUCUUUGAUGUUUCCUUCUCACAGGAAAUUGAUUAAGUCUUUGUCUCUUGAAGUUUCUGGGACUGAGUACUUCCCAGUUUUUGAUGUCGUAUGCUGCACUUCGAAUGGUGAGCUUAGGUUUAGGAAUCCAAAGUUCGAGGAGCUUAAAUAUGUGUAUGCUGCUAUGAGAGGUAUGACAUUGGUUCACCCUUUGCUCCAAGAAGAUGUGCAAGCCACACCCAAAUGGUCACAAAUGAUGCAUUUUGAGCCAUUCAUUGAGACGGUGGAUGUUCAGUGGCCAUCCGAGAUGGCCAAGAGCAGUGAUAUUGUAGCAGUUACAGUAUCGCAUCCACCAGGCCAAGCAUAUGAGGAAAAAACCAUCUCAUCAGCCAACUCAACCCCCACCAAGUAUACAGAACCAGCAAGAGAAGACCAUUUUGCUGACAUUAAAGUGCACUCAAAUGGUAGUUUGAGGCAAUGUGCAAUGUGUGAGAGAGAAUUUCAUACGGAUCAGUCCUUUCCUUGCAGUAGGUGUCGUGCCAUAGUUUAUUGUAGUCCUAAUUGCCAGAAGCAGCAUUGGAAAGAGUCUCAUAAGAGCAUGUGUGGCUUGUACAAAGCCAUGAUGGAGAGAGAAGAGGAGCUUGCAAUGAAAGUAUUUUUGUUCCCUUCUUCGAUUGAUCAUCCUUGUAAGUGGCUUGAAUCUCUUGGCGUUCAUCAGAAAGGAAUGUGGAGAAGGAAGUGCAGCUGCUAUUCUAAUAGCCCUUUUGGCCUUCUUCCUGUUAAAGCUGGUCUCUGGGAUUCCUGGGGUGGACUUGAUGAUGAUGAAUUUCCACGAGAUUCUCCAUUUCCUGAACAUCUAACAGACGGGAUCUCUAGCCCUAUCCUUCUUUCUGGUUGGUCCGAGUAUUACAAUCUGCGAUCCUUGCCAUUGUCUAGCCCUGUUGCCGACAUUCUCUCCCAUCCAUUGACAGUAUAUUACAUACUAACAGCACUGAGCAUCAGCUCAAAGAAUCUUUUGCUAAAAGGAAAAGAGGUGAUUGUCCAUUAUCUGGGUCCUGAAGGGGAGUUGGAUUGGAUGACUGCUUUUGCUGAGAUGGGUCAUCUGCUUAAUGGUAUGGGUAACAUACAGAUGGUAAUGGUGGGGCCGGAGGUGCCAACGAACUUGUCGGGAACCACUUCAGGAAUAGGGAGCAGAGUGAGGGUAAAUCUUGCUAGGGGUAUCUACCAAGAGGAAGCUACCUACUUGCCUUCACCUCAUGUUAUUGUCGCACUAAAUUGUGGAUUAGAGAGCAAUUCAAGUUGGGUUGGAGCUCUUGAGUUUAUUAAAUCCAUGGGUAUUCCUACUUAUUUCACUGACCAGUCUGAAAUUUCUUGCACAAAUGCUAAGCAAGUUCUUCGUUCUGCUGGCCUUCAUAUCACUCACCCGGUCACUCCCAACCCUUUCCGCUCUCCUGUGAAAAACCACGGGCCUUCAACAAAUGUGCCUUCUUACAGUAAUUGCUUUGUGCUUGGAGUGAAUACAUGACCAAAAAUUGUGUGCAAAUGGAAACAUGAUGGAAAUCCAUGCUAGAGUUUUGAGCUUCGAGGUACCCCUCAGAGAAACUUAAAGUUUAUACUUUAUUGUAUGUAUAAUGGAACAUGAUUGAGUUUGUAAACAUUCUUUUUAUUGUACUUGUGAUCUUACAAUUGUUUUUUUCAUGGAAUGAAACAUCAUGUACUUUGUCCACAUCAAGGCAGUAGCUAAGUUGGACUUAGCCAGAUUUUUCUUAA